CUCAUGUGAACUGCAUUCACGUGCAUGUCUUCUUCUCGGAUCAACUCGAUGGUGGGUCGUCAGCUUAUCUGAGCGUCCUGAAAACUCUAUUUCCUGAGAUUUAGUUGCUCGAGAUCCAAGAGGUUUGCAUGGAUGGCGAAUGUACAGGUUGUCUUGCCCACUGAGGUGGGCGCCACGUUCCUUGGACAUGGCGACUGCACACUGCCGCCAAGUCACCUUCCCCUUCGUCUACGCCUGAACCCUGACAUUGUUAACGGCAACAUUAGAAUACUGGAUCGCGUCGGUAUCCCACCGCUCAUUGGAGGAGAUAUUCUUCUCCAGUUCAGCAUGAGGACCCUUGCUGCCUCCCAGGUGACGGCGACGACACCUCUGAAACAGUAGAGACAGCUUGACGGUCUCACCAACUACACUGCUCGUGGCCUUCUCCUCGUGCUAUAUAAAUAUGUAUCCGUGUCUCGGUUCCCCAUCCUCCUCUUUGUGUGUCAUUCUGACUAUAUUCUCUGGUGCAGCAAAGAUUUAUGGAUCUAAGGGACAUCGAGUCCACCCUCCCACCAGGGUUUAGGUUCUGCCCGAGCGACGAGGAACUCGUCUGCUACUACCUCUUCAAGAAAGUAGCUAAUGAAAGUGUUUCAGGCGGCGGCACAUUGGUCGAGGUGGAUCUGCACACUCGUGAGCCAUGGGAACUUCCAGAGGUGGCUAAACUCAGCAGGGACGAGUGGUACUUCUUCAGCUUUCGGGACCGGAAAUACGCCACGGGAUUACGCAUGAAUCGAGCAACCAGGUCGGGUUACUGGAAGGCCACAGGCAAAGACCGUAGUGUAUAUGCACCCACGACGCGCACCUUCGUCAUGGGGAUGAGGAAGACCUUAGUCUUCUAUAGUGGCAGAGCUCCCAAUGGGGUGAAGUCCGACUGGGUCAUGCAUGAGUUCCGACUGGAAGCUCCACAUACACCUCCCAAGGAAGACUGGGUAUUGUGCCGAGUAUUCCGGAAGAAGAAAAAGAGUCCAGUGGUUUACAGCAUGGAGACCGAGGAGUCUUCACCUCCUCUUCCUCUGCCUGAGAGUGGCGUUGCCGAGGAGUGGCAGGAACAGAUGAUGACGACGCAGGAGAGACAGGAAGACAACGGUUCAAACACCGUCCUCAAUUGGGCAGUAUUGCGUGGCAGCCUUGUGGACUUCCCUCGGGAGUUGGGCAGCGGUAGGACGAUGGUGAUGGGAGUCGGCUCGAGAUGUGGUGGGGAUGACUACGAGAUGCUGCUGGAUAUGAGCCUGCAGGACCUCGAUGCCAUGGGAGGAGGCAUUGCAAGUGUAGGGUGUCUGAGGUUUCAAGGGAGUAGAGAUCAGCUCCUGUUCUAGAGGGGAUGUGUAAAUGUUGGAUGUCCACCGUGUUCAGUGUCUGAGAAGCUCUGCUUACAGUAUUGCUAGAAGAGUGAGUGAUUCCAGUAAAGUUCCUUGUUAACUCUCUUUGUGGGACAACCCAUUUAAUUCGAUUCCCAUUUAAGUUGGACUAUAUAAAUAUAGCUCACAUAUAAAUCUU